UUAUUUUCACAGGUCACCGUCCAUGGGGAUAACGUUUCCGGGUCAACAACAGUCGUUCCUUCCGGCUCCGGUCACUUAUCAACGGCAAAGAUGCUGAUGCCCAAGAAGAAUCGCAUUGCUAUCUAUGAGCUCCUCUUCAAAGAGGGAGUCAUGGUGGCCAAAAAAGACGUCCACCUGGCCAAGCAUCCCGAACUAGCUGAUAAGAACGUGCCCAACCUUCAUGUGAUGAAAGCGAUGCAGUCCCUGAAGUCCUGUGGGUAUGUCAAGGAGCAAUUUGCCUGGCGCCAUUUUUACUGGUACCUCACAAAUGAGGGCAUCCAGUACCUGAGAGACUUCCUCCACCUUCCCCCAGAGAUUGUGCCCGCAACUCUGCGCCGCCAGACCCGCCCCGAGACUGCAAGGCCCAGGCCUAAGGGAAUGGAAGGAGAGAGGCCUGCUCGCCUUAACCGUGGUGAGGCUGAUAGAGAUGCAUACAGAAGAUCUGCUGCUCCUCCUGGUGCUGACAAGAAAGCAGAGGCUGGUGCUGGAGCAGCAACAGAGUUCCAGUUUAGGGGUGGCUUUGGACGUGGCAGAGGACAACAGCCACAGUAAAUUUUACAAUCCCUUUAUGUAUAAUAAAGAAAAAAAAACUU